AAAGCGACGUUUUUUAUUUGAAAAUAUUGAGUUAACGCCUCCCUACCAGUUACCAUAGCAACAGCUCACCUCUCGUCAGCUCUGCCACGGCUCGUCUUCUAAAUGGCCGACCAAAAAAAACGUCGCAAACAUUCUGUAUUCCCGCUUUAUUCUAUGAGAAACGUUGCAUGAAGAUUCAGAUACGACUCAGGCGUUAAACAACACAUGUUUUUCGUGAGAAUGUAUAUUUUUUGACGCGUGUUUCUAUUCUUUGGGAGUUUUGUUUUCCCAUGGAUAGUUAUUGGUCGUGCAGUAUAGGAUAUAGGAUAUCUACAUAAGUUAUGCAUUUUUUGUUUACUUCAGUCCGGAUGCGAGCUUUGUCGAUAAGCUAAGUUAUGCUUAAAUUUGUCGGAAAGAGGGUACAUUUUCAUGUUACCGUGUUGAAGAAGUGAGUUCAGGUUCGCUUCAGGACUAGAUAACGUAAUUGUCUGCGGAGUAGUGUCGGUUGAGGCCAAGAUGAUCGAGGUGGUGGCCUCCAUGGCCCGAGGCCCCGUUUUCCUGGCUGGGGAGCUCAUGGAGUGUCUCAUAACUUUCACCAACCCGAUGUCCCACCUCUCCACCUCUGCCAGCAGUGAGAUGCUGGCAUGGGCCAGCGCCCAGAUACACUGCCAGUUUCAUGCCAGUGAGAGCAGAGUGGCCCUGCCGGCCCAGGGCAACAAGCAGGACGUCCAGGCUGAGAGCGACACAGUGCUUAUUCCAAGUAGAGGAGAGCGAGGGCAGUGUAUGCUGGACACACCACCCAAGAUAUUAUUCUGUGACCUGCGCCUGGAUCCUGGAGAAAGCAAAACCUAUUCAUACAGUGAGCUUGUACCCGUCGACGGUCCUCCUAGUUUUCGUGGUCAGGCAGUGAAGUACGUCUACAAAUUGACCAUCGGCUGCCAGAGGGUCAACUCUCCUAUCAAACUUCUCAGAGUUCCCUUCAGAGUGCUGGUUCUGCAGGGGAUGCCAGAACCUCCAUUUACACAGGAUGAGGAGGUGUCCCCCUCUAACCCGUUCCUGGAGGAAGAGGAAGCGAGCCGCAGGGACGCUCGGCCUUUGGAGAGAGCACUGGACAUGCUGAUGGUCACCACCUCAAGGCGCUGCCCACACAUGUUUAAUAUCACCAAUAUGCGUGGGAAAGUAGCAAAGUUCUGCAUCUUCAAGACUGUUUACAGACUCGGAGAGGACAUCAUCGGCACAUUCAACUUCUCAGAGGGCGACAUCCCCUGCUUACAGUAUUCAGUGAGCCUCCAGAGUGAAGAGGAGAUCCAGCAGCAGUACCAGCGGCGUCCUGGCCAGGCUGUCAGCGUGACCGGACACGGACGGCACAUGGAGUCGUGCCUCCACACGGCCUCCAGCCACUUCUCCCUCCCCAUCCCCCUCAACGUCACACCAGGUUUCAGCACAGACAUAGUGGCCCUGAGGUGGCGUCUGCACUUUGAAUUCGUCACGGCUCGGGAGCCUAUAGAACCGCCCACGGUUCUCCAGAACCAAUCGGAGGUGACGGUUUGGUCCGGAGCGGAGCAUGUCGACGUGGAUACCUUCAGUUGGGAUCUGCCGAUCAAAGUCCUGCCUACCAACCCGGCCCUGGCAUCCUACGUGUCCCAGUUCACGGGGACCAACAGCAUUAAUAUUUGACUGCCGUAUGUGUGAGACUGUAUGACGACGUGAGAUAAUAAGAAAUUAAAAUUGUGUCUCUGAGUUUAUCAACAGAUGUGUUGGACAGAUGGUCCUGAGUGUGUGUGUGUGUGUGUGUGUGUGUGUGUGUGUUUGUGUGUGUGUGUGUGUGUGUGUGUGUGUGUGUGUGUGUGUGUGUGUGUGUGUGUGUGUGUGUGUGAGAGACAGUGUUUUUUUUCCCCCCUAAAAAAGAGCUGUUAUUUUGUUUCCGUUGUAUGUGCACAGCUGAUGAAUGGUGGAUAUGUAAAGUAAUGCAACCUAUUUUUUUGCCCUCUUCAUAUGUAUAUUGCUGUGCAUCCUAACUUUGACAUCUUCCUUUUUGGAGGACCAACACGUGUGACAUGCAGCUAUGUGCAUUUCUGUAUAUAUUUCUUCUUUUUUUUUUUUUUACUCCUUUAUUCAAAAGCCCACUCGCACACUUGUCCUUUCUCAUGUUAUAAAACAACGGUUUCUUUUUCAAAAUACUUUUUCUGUUUAACUGUCUUUCUUUUAGGUUGAGCAAAAGCUAUAUUGAGAUGUAAAUACUUAAAGAGAAAAAAACUAAUUAAAAGUGUGAUUUAAAUUUGAUAAA